AUGGAAUAUUACCAAGCACCCUCCACUAUUUCAGAUAGUAUUUAUGGUUCUACCUUUUUCUUAGCAACUGGCUUUCAUGGUUUUCAUGUGAUUAUAGGUACUCUUUUCUUGAUCGUAUGUGGUAUUCGCCAAUAUCUUGGUCAUCUGACCAAGAAGCAUCAUGUUGGCUUUGAAGCAACUGCAUGGUACUGGCAUUUUGUAGACGUGGUUCGGUUAUUCCCAUUUGUCUCUAUCUAUUGGUGGGGAGGUAUAUGA